AUGGGUCUCUCCGAUUUCUUCUCUGACGUUGUCUCCUCCUUCGGUUUCACCGAGGCCCAGGCUGAGGCACCCGCCCAAGACACCGAGACUGAGAACACCACCCAGGACGAGCCCGCCCAGAAGGAGGAGUCCACCUCCGACGAGAGCGCCGAGACCGAGUCCUCUGAGGAGGAGUCCGCCGCUGGAGAGACCCCCACUGGGGAGGAGUCCGCCGAGGAGGAGGCUCCUGAAGAAGAGGAGGCCGAGGAGGAAGAGGAAGAAGAAGAGGAGGAGGAAGAGGAGCCCGAGGACCCCAAGCCCAAGCUCGAGGAGGAGUGCGCCCACUCCGCCGUCUGCGCUCCCUACAAGCACCACUACGAUGAGUGCGUCGAGCGCGUCACCCGCCAGGAGGAGGAUGAGGACUACAAGGGCCCUAAGGAGGACUGCGUCGAGGAGUUCUUCCACCUCACCCACUGCGUGACCGCCUGCGCUGCCCCCAAGCUCUGGAGGGAGCUGAAGUAAACGACUCACCCCUUGUGUCUUGAUU